UUCUAUCGAAGAUGCUCUAAGUGUGGCGAACUGGCGACUUGAGAUGGGCUGUGGGGAAAGGGAGAGCGCGAGCGAGCGAGAGAGAGGGGAUUACAGAAAUCGAGGGGAUGGAGCGGCUGGGGCAGGUCUGACCAACGUUCGAGGCGCUACACCAGAGGGAGAUGCGUGGUGGGCUGGUGGACGGCGGUGGAGGCGGGAUGGUGGUGUGAUGGCUGGCCGGCGCACGAACGUGUUGGGGCAGCACUGGCAUGUGCCUGGCACCGCCCGCUCCUAGCAUUGCGCCUGCCUUAGCCACCGGCGCCCUGCCGUCCUGUGGAUUUCGCCGCCCCGCGCCGUCGUGUUAGGAGCUGCCUCCGUCUCCUCAUGCUACGCCGUCAUACGCCGCUGCCCGCUGACUCCCUGCCAAACCUGCUCGGUUGGUCCUUUUGCUCCUUUUAUGUACAUCACUGAAGUCGUGAUGGUCUUUCUUCCAGCGUUUUCAUUUGCAGGUAUGCUGUUCGCUCUUACCAUUUCCAGUAUAUAUUUUUUUCGGUAUAGCAGUUAGAUAUUGCAGGUCGUUGUGUGCUUUCUACGGGCCAUAUGCUACUGGCCGGAAGGACCUGAUUGCGUUUGCUCCAAGUGCAAUCGAAAUUCGAACACACCACAUUGCUUGGGUGAAGUUUGUAAGACAGAAGUUAGCAGAACCAUAGACUGAUGAUAUCCUUGCAGGAAUGAGGUACAGUGGUUAUAUGCAUGGUGAUUAAAGCGAGUUUUUUUUCCUGCCUAUGCUUCCAACCUUCUUUUUGCGAGUAACCUAUGCUUCCAACCUGUAAGUGAAUACUUGUCUAUGCUCCGUGGCGUCGAGCUGCAAUUCUUCCGAUGCUAUUUUGAGCCAUAUGGACAAACACUAUGUUCUCAGGAAGAUGUCAUUUUGUACCAUAUGGACAAGCACUCUACAUUCUGAAGGACGGACGGAAGAUCAAGACAACACCGAAUAUGUUGGCGAUGACUCUAGUAGUGAGGAUGAAUCUUCGUCAUUGAAUGCAAAUAAAUCACUCAGUCACAACUAUAUGAGUGAGGAUGAAUCAUAUAGUGGUAAUGUGCAUGCUAAGGAUGACAAUGACGAUUAUGACAGCGAUGAUCAAUCUUAUGCUGAAAGUGGAACCCAGAGAAAUACCGAUAGUGACGCUGAGACGAGAACCUUACAUGAUGACAAUGAUGAGGAUGAUAACAAUGAUGAGGAUGGUGAUAAUGAUGAGGAUGAUGAUAAUGAUGAGGAUGAUGACAAUGCAUCUAAUGAAGGAAAUAUGAGCGAAGGGGUUGUUGAUGGUUCUAAUGGGAACGAUGAGCAUGUUGGCGAUCUUGAUUUUGACCUUGACAUCGGCUAUGAUGAAUAUCAGCAAGAGACAUUGGAUAGGCAUUGGGAAGUCAUGGCCAAGACAUUCAGGUCAGAAGGAGAGGCGUACAUGUUCUAUAACCAGUACGCCAAAGAUCGUGGAUUCAGUAUCAGGAGGGACUUGAAAAGAUUUGGAAAAGGUUCCCAAAAAGUUUUACGCAUGAGGAGGUAUCUCUGUUCCAGGGCAGGAAAACGACAGGCAAAUUUUUUAACCAUGGAAGGCCGGACCCGCAGACUGAGACCGGAGAGUCGAUGUUUCUGUGAAGCCCAUUUAAAAGUGAAGCUUGAUAGAAAUAGUGGACUUUGGUAUGUCAGCAGUUUCUUCGAUGAUCACAGCCAUGUUCUUACAAAACUGGACGAGGUCCCUUUCCUCCGGUCUCACAAUCAGGUACGCUUCGUACGCUAAGACAGGGUUUGGAAGGAGGAAAUUGUAUAAUAUGUGCUACAGGGAGAAGAUGAAACUGCUUGUCCAAGGUGAUGCUGACACUGCUAUAGGAAUCAUGUUGGCUAGAAAGGACAGGGAUCCGGAUUUCUUCUUUGAGCAUAUCGUUGACGCUGAAGGUAGGCUGAACAACCUGUUCUGGUGUGAUUCGCAAUCACGUCCGGAUUAUUUUGACUAUGGUGAUGUCACUGUGUUCGACAGUACUUACAAGAUGAAUAGGUAUGGAAUGCCAUUUAUCCCUUUUGUUGGUCUCAACAAUCACCGUUGCACUACGGUUUUUGCAUGCGCCAUUUUUCAGAUGAGACUGAAGGUACGUAUGUUUGGCUUCUAGAGACGUUUUUGAAAGCUCACUGCCAGAAGAAGCCCUAGUCUGUAAUUACUGAUGGAGAUGCAGCAACGUAAGGGCUAUCAGGAAGGUGCUUCCUGACGUGUGGCAUCGUCUAUGUUCAUGGCAUAUUGAAAAAAACAUGCAGAAACACCUCCACCACAAGUCAUUGAAGGAAUUCAGGUCACUCUUGUACUAAGCCACCACACAUGCAGUUUUCGAGGAGAGAUGGGCCGCGUUUAUUCAGAAAUGGCACACGGAGAAAACAAAAACAUGGCUCCAUAGGAUGUAGAGGAAGAAGAAGCUUUGGGAUGCAUCAUAUUUGUUUGGUGGGUUAUUUCUUGGUAUGCGUAUCAGAGGAGCGAGAGCCUGAACUCAUGCCUGCACCUACAUCUGGACUACGGUAUGACAAUUGUUGAUAUGAUUGUACACUAUGAGAAUUGCAUCAUGCGCCUGCACGAGAAUGAAUCGCAUGACGAUUGCGUGGCAUCACAGACUCUACCAGUAGCAGUGACUGAGUGUAAGACCAUUGAGGUGUUUGCUACCAAAGCAUUCACGAAGGCAAACUUUUACAUGUUGCAGGAAGAUUUAAAAAAGGUACAUCAGCUUGAGGUAAUUGAUAGAUUAAGAGGAGCAGACAGUCACAGAUUCGUGGUUGCUUGGAAAAAUAACAGGGAUCAUAGGUUUAAUGUGGAC